UGCAGAGAUUCAACCUUUAAACUCACCGCCUCUCUGCGCCACUACCCCACCACUACCUUAGCACCAACACGUCACCCCUCGCCCCCCAUCCUCGAUACGGCACAACAACCUCUCUCUAUUGCUGUACCUCCAAGAAAAAGAAGUUGAUUCGAGAUGCCUGGUCACUCCGAGGAGAGUGGCAUGGGCGACAGCGGCUACGAGAUCCUCACGGACUCAACAAUACUCACGGACGAAGAAGACGAAGCUUCCUCUGUAGCUUCCAUCGAUGACGACGACUUGCUUGGAAGUGGCGACUCCGGCUCGAUGGUGGACAGUAUAGCUUCGCUUUUUGACCGUCCAGAAGAGGAAGAAGAAGGCCACGACCCGGAUCCGAUUCCUACGUUCGGCGGACUCGACGACCAACACCUCAACGGCAGUGCCAUCACGGCAAGGAACAGGAGCGGCAGCUGUACGCCGGAUGAGGAGAUCGUUUUCGACGAGCCCGUGGAUUUCGAGGGUGACUACAUUGCGGUCUCGCAGAGGCUCACGAGCUUCAGUGAGCUAGAGACGGUGGAGAUAUGGAAACGAUUGGGGAAGGACAACACCCCGGCACCGCCGCUCUACUCCACCAUCCGCCAAUGCAUGAGCAGGGAGCUCCUCGAGGCAGACGAGCCUUUCCGUGUUCUAUAUAUCGGCUCGCUGGCGGCCAAGGAAGAAAUUCAACACAAGCUGGCGGCUGCCCUGGCUGCUGCCAUCUCGGAGUCCGCAAGCUCGUCGGGAUCGUGGGACGGAGUCAAGUCCCCGCGGUUCAACAUCGUGCCCAUUACGUCUUUCGGCUCGAGGAGCAAUACGCCGGAGGUGGAGCUUGUCAACAGCACCGGCUUGGAUAUGACCUUCGAUGUGUGCUCUAUCGCCAAGGCCACGAAGAAUCAGGGCCAGCCUGACACUCUGUCGUUGUGGCUGAACGGAAACCAGAACAUCACGUCGGUCUAUGGUGGGAAUGGCGCUCAGCUGGAGAGUGCAGGAUGGAAGCUGCCUCACCUGGCUGUCAUCUACUGCUCGGACGACGACAAUACCCAGCGUCGGAUGACGAGACUUCACGCGCGGAUGUUCAUGGCCAGACACGCAGUAGCCACGCUGUUGAUCACCCAGAACCCGCCGUUCCACAAUGCGACGGAGAAUUUCUCGCUGGAUCCUCGAAGCAUCCAUCUGUGCAUUCAAUCGGAUGCGCCGGGAGAAGGCGGCGAUGACGAUGUCAAGCGAUCGAUCAUCCACAAGACGCUGCCGAUCGACCUCUCAACGUUCCUCAACCUUAACCUUCGCCAGCUGAACCGAAGCCUGGGAUGCAUCACCGGACUGUCUUUCACCAACCACAACCAGCAGGACGUAGGUUCUCAGAUGCUGCGGAGACGGUCAUCAAGGGGAGCUGAAUCAGCGACCACGAGUGUGUUGUUGCGGGAUGUGGAGAAGGCACCGCAGGACUCGGAGAGGUUCGGCGGCCGAGGUCACGGGAGCUUGCAGUGGAUUCGAAAGAUGGGCACUCAUGAGCUGUGGAAGAUGAUGCUCGUGGGCUGGAUGGUCUUCUGCGGUAUUGCCGGAGGGAUUUUUGGGGUCGCGUACAUGAAGGUGGCCGACUACACUACGGACGAGGUUUCCGUGCUGCCGGCAACACCGACCAUGAUUUCCGUUACCACUUCGACCAUCGCACUUCAGCACACUUCUACGACUUCAGCUGUCUCGUUGGCUCGUGCACCUGUUACCGUGUCUUCGGCAGCCACCGUGAUAAGCGUGUCCGUUGCUCCGACCGUUGACUUCAGGAGCCAGUCCCUGAUGGCUUUCAACUCCUCCGACCGGUUCCAAAUCGACAUGAUGGGCCACAACCACAUCGUCGUCCGACCGCCGCAGAAGUAUCUCUUGCUGCGCCGACCACCGCCACUCUUCGUGCGAGUGACCCGCAAUUCGGACAACAUCGACGCCUCGCUCUCGCAGCUCACCGACGGCUCAUACACGCUCAACAUUGACGAAGACGAUGCGUGGGGCGUGCUCAAGGUGUCGCUGUGGACCAAGUCCAAGCCGAUCGUCAAGGAGGAUCUCGAGGUUGACUUCGGCACGCCAUGGAUGAAGAUGUCGCGGUGGGUGAAGGCCGUGGAGGAGCGACGGGCUGAGCUGCAGCUGCUCCUUGACCAGGCCGCCAUCGAGGCAAAGGAGAUCGCUACCGACUUCUCGCAGACGGCCGGCCACCAGGCCGCCGAAAUGGGCUCUGUCGUGCUGGCUAAGGCCAGGGAGUACUCCGACGACGUCUCCACCGGACUGGUGAAGCUCUACCAGGGCGCGAGGGCUUUGGCCACCAGGCUCGAGGCCGCCUCGUCCGAACACAGCGAAGUGUACGUGCGGAAAGCACAGGGCCAAGCGAAGGCUAUCUGGACACGCCGCAGGAAUGCCAAUGAAUUGUAGGCGGGCUUGAAAGGUUUUUUUCCUCUCUCUUCUAUCCAUCCAUCCAUCCAUCCACGUGUGUGUGGCAUAUACAUCUCGUAUUUUCUUUCUUUUAUUGUUUGCUUGCUACUUACCCAUUGGGGAUCCCUACAUACUCAAUGUGUGUUCUCUCUCUCGGCUGACAAGUCCGUGUACGUGUUGUGCGCACGUUUGGUGAUGCGGGUGGUGGUGGCUGCUGCUGCUGCUGUUCCUGCACAGUCUCAUCAUCACCAUCAUCAUCAUCCGCCCUGCCGGGAGUGAGCCUGGCCUGGUUCCUUUCUUUUUUUUUGCCCCCCUUUUCCGGUUU